AGAUCAGAACCGCCUCCAUCGACAGAGUUAUCUCCAACUUAUCAGUUUUUUCUCUUCUCCGCGCAUCAUCCAUCAUUACCUCCAACAACCUCCUAUAGGGAAAAACUCAAGCACUAUCUCUCUACCUAUUCAAUCAGCUCCCUUGCACCAUAUCCCUUAAAUAAAUAGCCAAAAAACCAACCCCACCAAACCACAAGCAAACCAACCCAUCGCAAAAUGCCCAUCUCCAAAGAAGAAGAAGACUCCCUCCUCACGGACCUCUGCACAAUCUGCCACAUCCAACCCCCAAAAUACCGCUGCCCCCGCUGCGCAACCCGCACCUGCUCCCUCCCCUGCACACGCCGCCACAAGCUCUGGUCGCAAUGCAGCGGCAUCCGCGACCCAGCCGCGUACCUGCGCCGCAACGAGCUCGCCACGGAGGCAGCCUUCGAUCGGGACUUCAACUUCAUCACGGGGAUUGAGCGCUCGAUCGAGCGAGCGGGCCGCGACGCCGAGAACCGCGGGAUCAGGGUCGAUGGUGCCUCCGCGGGGUUCGUGCGGGAUUUGGCGGUAGUCGGGUUGGAGGAUUCGCCUGUUGGGUCGGAGCGGGAGGGAGGGGCUGAGGGCCCGAAUCUAGGGAAGAGGAAGAGGGGGGGGCAGCAUAGGAAUGGGCCUUUGAGAGGGGAAUCAGGGUUCUUACGCGAGGUGGAGAAGGCGGGCGUGAAGCUUAUCCGUGCGCCUAGGGGGAUGAGUCGGAAUAAGGAGAAUGGGUCCAAGUGGUUUGCUAGACAGCAAUGCCUGGUGUGGACGGUGGAAUGGAUCGAGAGUAACGGGGACAAGCGCGUGAGGAAAUGCAGGGAUUCAGUCUCGAUUGCGAAUUUUUACGAUCGGUCUUUCCCUCCCAAUAGGGCAGAACGCGAGAAGGAAGAAGGAAAGGAGCAGAUACAAGACCCAGAGCAGGAAGAUCAAGCCCAGCCACAGCCGGAUUCUUCUUUAACGACGGACGCUCAGCAAUCCCAAGAUACCGCGGCCGUCACCACCAACGCUGAUCCUACAACUAUCUCUGAACCCACAGCAACAGCAACAACAGAAACACAACCAGACAUCACUCCCACCGCCACGCCGUCAGAGACAGAAACGCACACGAUCGUUCCUCACAGAGACGUGUACUUCUACCUCCACCGGCCGCGCACAGCUACCAAACAGCCCGUCCUGAUCCCCCUUGCCCCCGGCAUGACUCUCACAGCUGCGCUGCGUGGUCACACAGUCUUGGAGUUCCCUACCAUCUAUGUACUACCGGACUCGCCCGACAUGUUACGCGCGCAGGGGCCAGACGCCGGUUACCUACUAGAAGAGGAGUAUACCCGGACACACGCGCCUGCGGAGGAGGACAGCGCAAGCCCUGGCGAUUCGGAGGUCGAUCAACCGCCGUCUACUGGUAUCGACCUUGGGGGCGUCGACGAGAAGAAAGUCCUGGAAGUGCUCAAGAAGGAUCUAUUCGAGCCGUCGACGCUUGCGUGA